CGUCAGCAUCGUAACGCAGGGUGAAACCAACCUCUAUUUAUGCCCACACCGCUCUCUCCCUCCCUCCUCGCACAGAUCCAACCUCUCCUCUCGUCGUGCGGGGGGGAAUGGCGCUGCUUGAGCUGGUUUUGGUUGCUUUUGCCUCGCUGCUCUCUGCUGGGGAGGGGUACGGAGGAAGAGGACGGUGGAGCAGAGCACAUGCCACCUUCUACGGAGGAAGUGAUGCGUCAGGGACGAUGGGAGGAGCUUGUGGCUAUGGCAACUUGUACAGCCAAGGGUAUGGAACCAACACCGCAGCUCUGAGCACUGCCCUCUUCGGCGACGGCCUCAGCUGCGGAGCUUGCUACCAGAUUGUGUGCGUGAAAGACCGCCGGAAUUGUCUGCGAGGAUCCGUUGUGGUCACCGCCACCAACUUCUGCCCACCCAACAGCGCCCUCCCAAACGACGCCGGUGGGUGGUGUAAUCCCCCCCUGCAGCACUUCGACCUAUCUCAGCCCGUGUUCCUCCGCAUCGCUCAGUACAGAGCUGGAAUCGUGCCGGUUGCAUACCGCAGGGUCCCCUGCAGGAAGAGAGGCGGCAUCAGGUUCACCGUCAAUGGCCACUCCUACUUCAACCUGGUGCUCAUCACCAACGUCGGAGGAGCAGGCGACGUGCAUGCGGUGGCCGUCAGGGGAGCCAGGACGGGGUGGCAGUCCAUGUCCAGGAACUGGGGCCAGAACUGGCAGAGCAACGCCUUCCUCGACGGCCAGUCCCUCUCCUUCAAGGUCACCACCAGCGACGGCCGCUCCGUCGUCUCCUACGACGUGGCUCCUGCAACCUGGUCCUUCGGACAAACCUUCAGCGGUGGCCAAUUCCGCUGAGAAGCACAUAUGACGUGCUUCACGUUAGAAAGUAACCCAUAAUUCUAAGCAUAGAGUGAUGGAUGAAGAUUAAAAGGGCUUAUUUUA